GCAGAGGUUGAAGAUAGGUUUGAGAACAGAGCCGAGGCGAGGCACUGGAAUAGCAACCUUAACUUUCCAAGAAUCCAAAUCGACGGUCCGUAUGGAGCACCAUCACAAGAGUAUAAGAAUUUCGAAGUUGUUCUACUCGUGGGUCUCGGCAUCGGAGCUACUCCGAUGAUCAGCAUUGUCAAGGACAUAAUCAAUAACCUAAAAGGCAGCGUAGAAGAAGCUCUUCCUUCAGGGAGAAGAAAAAGGGAGAUGUUCAGAACCAAGAGAGCUUACUUCUACUGGGUCACAAGAGAGCAAGAAACUUUUGACUGGUUCAAGAACGUGAUGGCCGAAGUGACGGAAACAGACUGUAACAACGUGGUCGAGCUGCAUACUUACUGCACCAACGUCUACGAGGAAGAAGACGCGAGGUCCGCACUGAUCACGAUGCUCCAGACGCUGAACCACGCCAAGAACGGAAGGGACGUUGUGUCAGGGACACGUGUCAUGUCCCAUUUCGCUAGGCCUAAAUGGAGAGCCAUCUACAAAAGAAUCGCUGUGAAGCAUCCCGAUACCAGGGUCGGAGUGUUUUAUUGCGGAAUACCUGCAGCAGUGAAAGAGCAACGAGACUUGGCAUUGGAUUUCUCGCAUAAAACCUCCACCACCUUCUGUUUCCAUAAAGAAAGUUCCUAAAUGUACUACGUUUGAUAUUUGUUAACGAGCCUUAAUUCAAAGAUAUGAUAAAUUAUUGCACUGGGUUUCAAAUGUCAGUUAUGAUAUUUUAAGAUAUGUAAUUACGUG